AAAUAAUAUUCAUACGUCUCCUUUAAAUAAAUAGUUAUGUCCUUGAAUAGGAGUAUAGGCAGGAAAGAGUGCUCUACUCAGCAGAGCCCUCGCCUUACUACAAAGUCUAAGAAAAAGAGCAUUGUCCGCCAUUCCUUCCAUCUCAGCCCUAAAGGUUUGGUUUUUGAUAGAAGUUUUAACGCAAGCCAAGCGACUGAUAGGAGUAGUCAGUCUCCAAGGAUUUUGAAUUCCCAAAGAAGAUCUCCAAGGCAAACCAUUACUCAAGGUCUUAAUAGAAGUAUUGCUGAAAACUCAUAUGAUAUGCACAGAAGUUACCUUGACAGUUCUCAUCAAUCGGUCGGAAUGAACAGAGCAUCUCUAAAUUCAUCUCCUAGAAGGGCUUCCAUAACGAAAUUAAAGAGGAAAUCGUUAGUCAAUAAAUAAGCCUAGUUUUGGGUUUAGUUUCUACAAAAUGCCAAAUACUCAGUACUACAAUGAGAGAGUUCUAAAUUCAAAGUUUCUACCUGGAAAGAAGGAUCACUUCUUAGAUGAAGUCUGCAAGAUAAAGAAAUACGUACCUUCUCCUGAUAAAUAUAAUGUGACUGGUGAUCUUAACAUGCAAAACCCAGAGAAAAGGAAAUUUAGUAAACUUCCUAGACUCACAAUUGCUGAAGAAAUACUUAAAAAGGGGGCUUCCACACCUGGGCCAGGAACUUAUCGGCUAGAUUUUAAGCCACGGAACCAUCAAGGGAAGCAUAAGAACUCAGAUAGACAACUAGGAUUCAUCAAUGAAGCGCAAUAUAAAGGCAAAGCGACUCCACUAUGCCAUGAUGCUAAUUUCAAACUGAUUGAGGAAAAACCCAGAUAUACACUUUUUAAACUUUCUAAAGCUGAAAGAUCAGUUAAAAUCGAAAAGAAGCCAGGCCUGAGUCCUUGAAGUUAUGAGCCCCUAGAAGCCUUUAAGAAGACCCAGAUAAUCACAAGGAAGCCAGGGUUUGGGAAGCCUACCAAGAUCCCUACCUUCUCUGAUGUAGCUGCAAAGGUAAAGAAGUUUGUGCCAUCUCCAGAUUCAUAUGACAUUUUCAAAGGAGAGGCUAAAAUUUAUAAACCGUUUUCCAGAAAGAGAAGAUAAUUACCUUCAACUUU